AUGGCGGCCACAAACGACCGCAAUGCCCAGACUGUGUACAGAAAUCGGGAGGGUAGGCGCAUUGACCGCGAAGAAUGGGUAGAAUUGCAACAAAAGAAAAAGAAGAAGAGAGUAGCAGACUACCCUGAACAGGAGCUGGAAUGGGGCGGCGGACUCAAACAGCGUGACAACCAGGAGGCUGAGAAGGAGGAGUUGUCAAGAAUAGCUGCACAGCCAUUUGCUCGUUUUGAGCCAGAUGAGAAAUACAUGAAAGAAUUGAAAGCAAAGCAAGACUGGAAUGAUCCCAUGCGGAAGUUUGAGGAGGACCAGGUGACUGCACCUGGUCUUCAAAAAACUCAGGCAGUUCAGCGGCCAAAGUGUCCUCACCCGCCCUGGCAAAACAGAUACGACAUCAAGCCUGGAUACCGAUGGGACGGGAAAGUUCGGGGAAACGGCCACGAGCAGGAGUACUUCCACACGAAAAACCAAAGGGAGUUUGAGAGGGCUGACGCAUGGAGACGUGAGAUGGCACACGAUGACAAUUGA